UAUUUUCUGUUAUCCUUUCAUUGUCUUCUUCCUUCCUCUUGAGGUUUUUGAUAAUUCCAUGGAUUAUCUUAGUUUCUUCUCUCAUGGUGGCUAUCGAGAAAUCACUCACACCAUAAUCUCUGAAGCUUUUGAGUUUCAAAGUUUUCGAAUUUGAAACUUUCUCCAGAAAAUUUUGAAGCUUUUUUAUUCCUUAGUUAUGGCUUAUGUUCGUGGCUUAGCUUCGUUUUCGUUGACCUUCUCACCGAUUUCUCUCCGAAGAUUCCGUCCCCGACUUCAUCGUAAUCACAGCGUAAAACCCAAUUCCCGAAUCAUCAUCUGCAAUCUGAAAUCAAACUACUCCGCUGGGAAAUUUCGUGAGCUCGGAGGAUUAUCUCGUUCCGUGGAGCUAGACCAAUUCAUCACAAGCGAGGAAGAAGAAGAAGAAGCAGAGGAAAUAGGAGAAGGGUUUUUCGAAGCGAUUGAGGAAUUAGAGAGGAUGACUAGAGAACCAUCAGAUAUUCUCGAAGAGAUGAAUCAUCGAUUAUCUUCUCGAGAAUUGCAAUUGAUGCUUGUCUAUUUCGCACAAGAAGGUAGAGAUUCUUGGUGUACUUUAGAAGUGUUUGAAUGGUUGAAAAAGGAAAAUAGAGUUGAUGAAGAGAUAAUGGAGUUAAUGGUUUCGAUUAUGUGUGGUUGGGUUAAGAAAUUGAUUCAAGAGGAAUGUGAUGCACACCAAGUGUUCGACUUAUUGAUUGAGAUGGAUUGUGUUGGGUUAAAACCUGGUUUUAGUAUGAUGGAGAAAGUUAUUGCUUUGUAUUGUGAGAUGGGGAAGAAAGAAAGUGCGGUUUUGUUUGUGAGGGAGGUUUUAAGGAGGAGAGAUGGUUUUGGGUAUAGUGUUGUUGGUGGUGGUUCUGAAGGUAGAAAAGGUGGACCAGUUGGGUAUCUUGCUUGGAAAUUGAUGGUUGAUGGAGACUAUAAGAAGGCAGUUGAUAUGGUUAUGGAGUUAAGACUUUCAGGGCUGAAGCCAGAAGCUUAUAGCUAUCUAAUUGCGAUGACAGCAAUUGUGAAAGAGCUGAAUAGUCUUGGGAAGACAUUACGCGAGUUGAAACGCUUUACACGGGCUGGUUUUGUUGCUGAGAUCGAUGAUCAUGAUAGGGUACUCAUUGAGAAGUACCAAUCGGAAACAUUAUCCCGCGGACUGCAAUUAGCCACUUGGGCGGUUGAGGAAGGUCAAGAAAAUGAUUCCAUAAUUGGGGUGGUCCAUGAGAGGCUCCUCGCAAUGUAUAUAUGUGCGGGACGUGGACCAGAAGCAGAGAAACAACUCUGGAAGAUGAAACUUGCAGGGAGAGAACCCGAAGCUGAUCUCCACGACAUCGUUAUGGCGAUCUGCGCUUCACAGAAAGAGGUUAAUGCAGUUUCACGGCUUCUGACACGGGUGGAGUUCAUGGGAUCUCAGAGAAAGAAGAAGACUCUGUCUUGGUUGCUCAGAGGGUAUGUAAAAGGAGGGCACUUUGAAGAAGCUGCAGAGACACUGGUAUCGAUGAUCGACUCUGGUUUGCAUCCGGAGUAUAUUGAUCGAGUGGCUGUGAUGCAAGGAAUGACAAGGAAGAUUCAACGGCCGAGAGAUGUUAAAGCAUAUAUGAGUCUGUGCAAGAGGCUCUUUGAUGCUGGUUUGGUAGGACCUUGUCUUGUGUAUAUGUACAUGGAUAAAUAUAAGUUGUGGAUAGUGAAGAUGAUGUGAAGAAAAAGGAAAAUAUCGAAAUAGCUGAGACUCUGGCUAAGCUGGAGCGAUCGGGAUUUUCUAUUUUUGGGUAUAUAAAUCUGUGCGUAAUAAAUAAUAAUACGUAUAUUAUCUGUUUAUGAAAGGGAAAUAACUUUGUAUUUAAAUUAUUUAUAUACUGUACCUAUGGAAUUGUCUUUGAAGUUUUCUGUUUUAGUGACUUAAAAUAAGGAAAAAGAGCAUACAACUAGUUUGUAA